GUAUAGUCACUGCGUGGCCCAUCAUCAGUUGUUUUCAAACUUCAGGAAGCUGAACUGCAUUAUCAGUUUACACUAAGAAAUUCAAUUUUGAAAAUGAUUUUCAAAGCCAUCAUUCUUGCAGUCGUCGUCACGAUUAUUGUUGCUGAGCACGACCCGGCAAAUUCACCGUGCACCCCCGGAUCAAAAUUCAACUACUAUUGCAAUCAAUGCGCGUGCGAUGCCGAUGGAAAAGGAGCCGCUUGCACGAGGAUGGCUUGUUAUCCCGGUCUUUUUAACGAGGAUGGAACCAUGAACAAAGUUGAGACCGGCACCAUGAACACUGAGGAUUUCCCUGCACUGCCGAAAGAUAUGUCAUGCGUUGCUGGACAAAUGUACAAGAAAGAUUGCAACACAUGCCGGUGUAUUAGAGAUGAUGUUCCCAUUUGUACUUUGAUGGCUUGUGUGAAUGCACCAGAUUAAUAAGAACUGAUCAAUUUUUUUUUCGACAGUGCUCUUGGUUGUGAAAGUCAAUGUAUAAUCCCUGUGUUGAAUAAAUAGAACUCUGAUGUUGUUUCUUGUAUUUAA